CAGUUGUAUUUCUUAUAAUAAUGUAAUACUCCGAUAUAUUGUACUCCACAUAAGUUUGGAUGCCACGUUCUUCAGUAGCAGCAAAAAACUAUAAUUUAGAGGACGAAAACAGAUGUUCAUAUUUACUCCAUAUUUAAUCAAAAGAAAAUGGCAUGCAUUAACAUAGGAUGGGAGGUUCUAAGUAGAAAAAUCAAGAGCUGCCUCAAAAGGAAAAAGGGGAUCCAAAACACAGACAAUAUAGCAGAAAAAUGGGAGCUUUUGAGCGGCAACAACAAUUGGGAAGGCUUACUUGACCCUUUGGAUUACGAUUUUCGACGAUACCUUAUUCACUAUGGCCAAAUGCCUCAAGCUAUCUACGACUCAUUCAAUAAUGAGAAAGCUUCAAAGUACAGAGGAACAAGUCGAUACUCGAAAAAGAACCUCUUCACAAGAGUGGGGCUCCACAAAAACAAACCCCACAACUAUGAAGUGACCAAAUAUUUGUAUGCGGCUUCAAGUAAAACUGAAAAGAUCAAAGAAUCAAAUUGGAUUGGAUUUGUUGCUGUUGCCCCUGAUGAGGGUAAAGUUGCAUUAGGAAGGAGAGACAUUUUAAUUACUUGGAGAGGCACUAUAUGUUCUUCAGAAUGGAAUGAUAAUUUUAAAGUAUCCUUGAUCCAACCCACAAAAAUCUUUGGAGAAAAUACGGAUAACGUUCUUAUACACAAAGGUUUUUACUCGAUUUGUACUUCUCUUAACAAGGCUUCAAAAUACAAUCGGACAACCAGUGCUAGAGGUCAGGUUCUUGAUGAAGUUAAAAGGUUGUUGGAGCAAUACAAGAACGAGGAAGUUAGCAUAACUGUUACAGGCCACAGCUUGGGUUCAGCAUUAGCCACACUAUGCGCUAUUGACAUAGUUGUCAACCAAGUCAAUAGGGAAUUCCCAGUGACGGCAUUUGUAUUUGGUUGCCCACAAGUCGGAGAAGAGAAUUUCAAGAAAGCUUAUGAGAAAUUGAAAAAUCUUCAAAUAUUGCGCAUUUGCAAUGCCCCUGAUCAUAUUUCGGAGAAGCCAGAUCACGGACUCUUCGAUGGUUCUGCAAAUGACUGGAGAGUGUAUGAACAAGUUGGCUCUGAACUGUCAAUUGAUACUACUAUGUCGAAGUAUUUGAAGAAAGAUGUAAAUGGUCAUAUUCUGGAGGUUUAUUUGCAUGGAAUUGCUGGAACACAAGGACCAAAAGGAGAGUUCAAUUUGGAGAUAAAUCGGGAUAUUGCUCUAAUGAAUAAGGCAGAUGACGCGUUGAAAGAUGAAUAUGGUGUGCCAGUGUCGUGGUGGAUCGAGAAGAAUAAAGGAAUGGUUCAACAAGAAGACGGAUCUUGGAUUCUCAUGGAUCAUGAGGAUGACACUGAUUUUUUACUCUAGAUUUCGAUUUGUUAUCUAAUCUCAGGUUGUUAUCGUAAACCUAUUACAUUAGGUAUUGUCUGCAGUGGGUCAUAGCCCUUUAUGUCUUUGCUUUUAUUUUCUUGUUGCAGUACAAUGGAUGCUUUUAAUUCAUUCAGAUGUACUUGUCCUUCUUCCUUC